AUUUGGCCAUAACCUCUUACGGUCACCCUGAGCUGAUGCGUAGCUGAUCCAAGAUGGAGGCGAUCGUGGAGGAAAUAGUUACCAUUGAGGAUCUUAAGAAAUUUGAGCAGAUUUACAAUUGUGAGUUGGCCCGAGGCAAGGUGAGCGGCCGCUCCAAGUUCAACUAUGCCUGGUGCUUGAUCAGGAGCCGCUACACCAAUGACCUGAGGAAGGGGGUGUACUUGCUGGAGGAGCUUCUACGAGAAGGUAACCCUCAGGUGCAGCGGGAUUGCCUGUUCUACCUGGGUGUCGGCUAUUACAGGUUAAAGGACUACACAAAAGCUUUGAAGUAUGUACAAGGCAUUCAGCAAAUUGAGCCCAACAACACCCAAGCCAAAGACUUGGAACAACUCAUCGGCAAAAAGAUGAAACGAGACGGCUUAAUGGGGAUGGCAAUAGUAGGCGGUGCGGUUCUAGCAGUGGGCGGACUGGUUGGAGCAGGAAUAGCUCUCUCCAAAAAGUAGAAUGUUGGGACUGUGCAACUCUAUAUCCAGCGACCAUUUGAGUACUACUGCAUACCCGUCAAUGAAAUGAGAGAGGGCGCUAUUUAGUUGUCACCCAUCACAGCAGCAGUGCCUGGUUCUGCAUUCCCUGUGGUACAGUUAUGUGACUACAGAGAAUAUUGCUGCAUGGUGAUGGGCAACAGAGGGCAUGACUUUUGAGGUGGACAUAAAAGAGUGUGUUAAUUAUUCCUUCAUUCCAUUCAUUACUGAUAUCCUGAAAAUAGGUGUCGAUGCUGAAUGCUAUAAGUGCAUUUUUUGAACUACAGAGGGCGCUGUUUAUGAUAAGCAGGCAACGUCAAUGGCUAGAACCAAGUUCCAAAUCAGUUGACAGUGGAAAGUCAAAGGGACAACUAAGCCCAGAAGAGCAAGAGGAAUACAGUCAUUGCUGGUGUUAAAUCAGAAUGGUGAGGAAAUUGAUGAAAUCUAAACAGAGACAGUAAAUACAAAUCCUAGCCCUCCACGAUUCUUCAAAAUCCAGUGGCAGUGGAGGAUUUUGCAGGAUGUAGGUUGCUAGAAAAAUGAACUAGAUGUACCGACAUUUACUUCUCAUUUUAUUUUCCCCAAAACUCUCCUAGGGUAACGUUAACUCACAACUGGUAUCCACAGACUGCACAAUUAUCUUCGCUAAUACUUCUGCGUUAUUACAAACAGCUUUGCCUGUUUUUGUCAAUGAGUGAAAUUUUAAAGCAUAUUACAGCAAAAUGUGACAAAUCUGAGUAUAUGGAACAGACCCCAACUUUACAGUUGUCAAAGAUGAACUUGGUUAAAAAACACAUAAUGUUCCCACAAGAUAAUGCUUCCAAUCUACACGCACUGUAAGUGGUAUCGUCGUUGAACAAUUUUUGUGCAUAUUCUAUAUCCUAAUGUACAUGUGGUAAUUAAAUCAAUACAAGUGUACAUUGUGUAUAUAUAUAUAUUUUGCUUCCUUAUUGGGAGUAUUUAAUAUGAAAAAUACAGCAGAGAUGAGGUUGCAGAUGUCAUACAUUUCAGACUGCCCUGGGUAUCUCAAGUGUGGGGACCUUAGGCUGGUAUAACAUAUCACAGAAUAUUUCAGAUGGUCAGAAUUCAAUAGUCUACUUUUCUUUUCUUUUUUAAUGUCAAAUUGGCGGUCAUUUUGUGAAAAAGUAAAAUGCAUGUAGGUGCAACAAAGAUGUAUUUUUAUUAGGGCUGUCCAAAUUCGAAUAAUUGGGUAUUUGAUUAUUGGGAACUGUUAAUUAUUCAAAACUCUGAUCAAGUUUUACACACACCAGCUGCAAGUGUGUGCCGCGCCGGUGAAAGGUUGCAUGCAAAGCGCCGGUUCAAAUUUGCAUGCGGCGAUCCACAUUAUGGACUGCUGGAGUGAUUUGCAAUAAGUGUUUUAUAAGAGUCAAGGGCUUGAACCUGCUGAAAGGAUGGGAGCAACGAACCACCAUCGACAACAAAAGUGGCAUCUGACAAUUAAGGGCCACAACAUUGCGAUUAAAAGAACAUCACAUGCGUAGUUUUUUCUUCUUUUUUUCUCAAAUAUUCAACCCUAUUCGAAUAUUCAGUUAUGAUAGAAUAUUAGUUAUGUAUAUGCGGGACAGCCCUAAUUUUUUUAUAACAUGUCAUACAAAAAACGCUUACAAUUGAAAGUCCACUCUGGCUUGUAAAUACUGAAGCUGUAUAUUCGUAUGAAGUGAAUAUGUCAUUUUUCAAAUUAAAAGUUGAUGCUAUUUGAAGCAGUCAUUUCUCAGCUCUUAUUUCCCAGUCGCAUGCCUGUGAUGUGUGAUGCAGCAAAAGAUGUCUUUUUUUAUAAUCAAGUUGGUUAUCAGGGAAUAUCGGCACUAAAUGAUGUCCUUAAUAUUUUUAAAGUAGUUGAGAAUCCCACUCAUCCUGUAUGCCGGACUAGUUAUAAUCUGGUCAUGUGUAGUUUGUUCUUCCACCUCUGUGACAAGGGUUCAAUUGCUACCUAUGCAGAUAUGGCAGGAAUGGGCUGUUCAGUCCUUUUCUGAUUCUUUGGUUCAUCAGAAUAUAUUCAUGUAGAGGUUUGCCUCCAAACUCUAAAACAGAUUUUUCUUCGUCACCUUGGAGGAAUCUUAAGUAAAAUACUGCCAUGAAACUGGCCAGGUGACGGUUAAACAUCUAGAUAUCUGACCUUUUAAAAGUUUUUCGAAUAAUUAUUAUAAUUUGUUGAUACUAAAAAAACAUUUUGGUCAUUAUUUCUACCUUUUAAAUACACGUAUGUUUUGUUAGGAAAUAGGUUUGGUUUGACAUAAGGCAAGAUUUUCAUGCCAUUAUAAACUUACAGACUGCAGCAUAUAAAAAUGCACACAUGUAUUUAUUUGGGCUUGGAAUACUGGUUUUUGGACAUAUUGUUUCAAAAUCUGGUUUUUCCUCUUUGUGUGUGUUUUUUUUUUGCAGAAAGCAAGUUGUGAAUUCCAUGUACCUAUAUUUAUUAUAUACAUUAAAUUGUUCAUACAUGUAUGUUUAGUUCAUAUUAUCUCCAAUUAAACAUAUGAUCUCUUAUUAUACGGUGACCUUUCUCAUAAGACCCCAUCUUAGAAAUCAAAGUGGGGCAAAUAAUGCAAACAGAAAUGACUAGUGCAGACUCAUAUAAUUUGUGAAGUACUGCUACUCACAGGUCACAAUGUCAAAAUAAACUAGACUUUGUAGGAACAACUACA